CCUACUAGGAUCGAUUUAUAAGUAAUUUACUCGGGCAAAACGAUUAAUUCGCGAUUAAUAAGCGUCAGUAGCCGGACAGAUCAGCGUCCCCUCCAGACCACGUCGCAUGAGACCGUGAGGUCCUGUGCGAUGUGAUUUAAAACAUCAGUAAAGAGACUGUGAGAUGGAUGUACCGGGUGAACGGUGAUGCACGAGUUGACGGAACAUACUGAAAGCCGAACGUAGGCAUUUCCUAAAAGCGAGACUUUAAAAUCCCGAUCACAAGACUCGCGGAGUCUCAAGUCCAGUACUAGUGACCGCUAGGCAAAGCUCCCGAGAGGGCACAUGAUGGACAGCGAUGAUGAGUUGGUGGAUAUCGCGGAUGUUUCGGUGGACUUCAGUGAAGAUGUGCAGCCUCUUGACUUCAGUGCCGGCCGCUGUAAAGUGGAGUGGGUACAGAACAGUAGUCCUAAACUGCUGGAUCUGCUGGAUGGGAAUGUUCCUGGAAUUGGUACCUAUGAGGACUUCAACACCAUCGACUGGGUUAGAGAGAAGUCCAAAGACAGAGACCGGCACAGAGAGAUUACCAACAAUAGCAAGCAGUCCACACUAGCCCUGCUGCUCAGCGUCAGUGAUGCUUUCUCCGGUUGGCUGUUAAUGGUCCUCAUUGGACUCAUGUCAGGGGCCUUGGCUGGAGGUAUAGACAUUGCUGCCAAUUGGAUGACAGACCUGAAGGAAGGCGUGUGCCUAAAUGGGUUCUGGUUUAAUCAUGAACACUGUUGCUGGACAUCCAAUGAAACCACUUUUGAGGAAAGAGACAAGUGCCCUCAGUGGAGAAGCUGGGCGGUCCUCAUGGUUGGACUAAAUGAGGGGGCCAGUGCAUACGUGGUGAAUUAUCUGAUGUAUGUGUGCUGGGCUCUUCUCUUUGCCUUCCUGGCAGUGAGUCUUGUCAGAGCGUUUGCCCCAUACGCCUGUGGUUCAGGAAUACCAGAGAUCAAGACCAUCCUGAGUGGUUUCAUAAUUCGAGGGUACCUGGGAAAGUGGACUCUGAUCAUAAAGACCAUCACACUGGUGUUGGCCGUCUCUUCUGGCCUGAGUCUGGGAAAAGAGGGCCCACUGGUCCAUGUCGCCUGCUGCUGUGCAAAUAUCCUCUGCCAUUUCUUCACCAAAUACCGUCAAAACGAGGCAAAGAGACGAGAGGUUUUGUCUGCAGCGUCUGCAGUGGGUGUGUCAGUUGCAUUUGGUGCUCCUAUUGGAGGUGUGCUGUUCAGUCUGGAGGAGGUCAGCUACUACUUCCCUCUGAAGACUCUCUGGCGUUCGUUCUUCGCUGCUCUAGUUGCUGCGUUCACGCUUCGCUCCAUCAAUCCCUUCGGCAACAGUCGCUUGGUCCUCUUUUAUGUAGAGUUCCACACUCCCUGGCAUCUUUUAGAGCUCUUACCUUUCAUUCUUCUGGGCAUCUUCGGCGGUCUCUGGGGCGCUUUCUUCAUUCGAGCUAACAUUGCCUGGUGUCGUAAGCGGAAGACCACUUGGCUUGGCCACUACCCUGUGAUGGAGGUUCUGGUGGUGGCGCUGGUCACAGCGCUGCUAGCGUUUCCAAACGAGUACACAAAGAUGAGCAGCAGUGAACUCAUCUCUGAACUCUUCAAUGACUGUGGUCUGCUGGACUCCUCUAAGCUUUGCGACUACACAGGCAAAAGCAGAAGUGUACUGGGAAAUGUUACCGCUGUCAAUGGCUCUAAUGGCUUGGCAGACCGACAUGCAGGGGCAGACCGACAUGCAGGACCAGGGCUCUACACGGCCAUGUGGGAGCUAGCGCUUGCUCUGCUCUUCAAGAUGUUCAUCACUGUGGUUACAUUUGGCAUGAAGGUGCCAUCCGGACUGUUCAUACCCAGUAUGGCUGUGGGUGCCAUAGCUGGAAGACUUCUUGGUGUUGGCAUGGAGCAGCUGGCCAUCUACCACCACGACUCCCCGGUUUUCAGAGGCUGGUGCUCUCCCGGAGCAGACUGCAUCACGCCAGGCCUGUACGCCAUGGUGGGCGCGGCAGCCUGUCUGGGUGGUGUGACACGGAUGACCGUCUCGCUGGUGGUCAUCAUGUUUGAGCUGACAGGUGGUUUAGAAUACAUCGUCCCCCUCAUGGCUGCCACUAUGACCAGCAAAUGGGUUGCGGAUGCUCUGGGUCGUGAGGGCAUCUACGAAGCUCACAUCCGUCUCAAUGGUUAUCCCUUCCUGGAGCCAAAAGAGGAAUUCCACCACAAGACUCUUGCCGUAGAUGUGAUGAGGCCACGGCGGAGUGACCCGUCUCUUUCUACGUUAAGAGAAAGUGGAAUGACGGUGGAAGAUGUGGAGAGGCUGAUCUCAGACACCACCUACAGUGGCUUUCCUGUGGUGAUCACGCAGGAGUCGAAGAUACUGGUGGGAUUUGUAUUAAGAAAGGAUCUUAUUAUAUCUUUAGAAAAUGCUCGGAGAUAUCAAAACGGUGUUGUCAGUGUGUCUGCAGUACUGUUCACUGAAUGUGAUCCGGCCUCAUCGGCAAACGCUCUCCCUGCAGUAAAACUGCGCAGCAUUCUAGACCUCAGCCCCUUCACUGUAACUGUGCACACACCCAUGGAAAUCGUAGUGGACAUCUUCCGUAAGCUCGGCCUGCGGCAGUGUCUGGUCACACAGAAUGGGCGUUUGCUGGGAAUCAUUACUAAAAAGGACAUUCUGAAACACAUGGCGCAGAUGGCUAACAGAGACCCAGAUUCUAUCCUUUUCAACUAAAGACUGCCAUAAUACAUUAGAAACACACACACCACACCGCACAUAACACACACGCACACCAAGGGCUGAAUCAUUCUGUAAUGAGGUUGAUGCUACAUCUGUGUGUGUGUGCGUUUUAUUGAGCUGUUACAGAAAUGUGAGAGAGUGACCUGAGGCGCAAUUUGCUGUAGUACAACAUGGACGUGUUUCAGCAGGAGCUGGAGGUUCGGUGGAACAUUAGUAUAUCCUAAGGCAAAAGACACAGUUAAUGUCAAAAUGUUGUCGUCUCACCUCUGGAAAUCUCAUAUUAAGCCUAAAAGGAACCAUCAGGACUCGUGUACCUCACCUAACUUCCUUUGUACAACAAAUUCUUCUUUUUGUACUCACACGUGGACUAAAAUUUGUGAGUCAACAGGUCUUUAAACUGUGUAUUUAUUUAUGGUGCACUUGUCAUCCCUGGAGUGACGUCUGACCUGAAGAGGAACUUCAGAAGGGUGAGAACAUUCCUGAGAUGAUCUGAUGAUGUCGUGCCCGAACCUGUGUGUGUGAAGCGAUCCCUGUGGGAAGAUGUGCUGGCCUUUUGUAGAGAUGGAUUUGAUCGAGUGGCAAAAUAAGUGUAUCAUAUAAGAAAAUUGCUCAUGCUCACAUACAUACUACCAAAAUGCACUCAGUGUUCAUGCCAGUGGACAUCAGCCAGUGUUGAUUUUAAAGGUGCCUUAACGUCAUCCAUUAUAUUGAAGUGACUUUUUUGUUUCUGUCCUUCGGUUUGUUUUCUCUCACAACAUAGAGCCUAUUGAUCUUGAGCUGUGGCACACUUUGUCCAAAAUGUAACUAUGCAAUGGCUACAAUAUUAACAAUUUCUAAUCAUCUGCAGUUCUUUGUUGAAACCACCAGGAGUCAGUACCUCACAGAGUGUGUCUGUUCUUAACAUGCAUCAUUGACUCUUGGCCGGGUCUGUAUAUAGGUUUGGCUACAGCAUGCUUGCACGCUUUGGAGACUCUUGACAAUCCCUUGACGUCUGUGUACUUAUGUCUGAGCAUCCGGACCCCUCGGUGCUCUCUGUGAUGAUGUGAUGAUGAUGAUUCUGCACCUGUUCACACUGAGAUUCUGUUACCUCCACUGCAUUUCCCAUGAUGACCGUGAUGGUGUCCUCACACAACCUCUGUGAAGCACCUCAUCACGCCUCCCUUGCUCAGUCAUGAGGAUCAGAUCAUGACAUAAGAUUCUCCCUGUACUCAAAGGACUGACACCUUGAUUUCAUGUACUGCAGUCCCCUUCUUUGACUUUCUUGCUCGACAGCCUCCCCCAUUAGAUUCUGAAAAAAUUAAACGUCUUUUCGUUCCUUUUCUAAUCACCCUGCAGCUCUCGAUUCGCCUGCUUGCCGUAAUUCCCGAAAGGCUGGAUUCGGGGCAGGGAGGUCGUAGAGGGCUAUUGUUUCCGUUCACUCCUGGUCGUCUGGGCUCCCGGUCGCCAGGAUGUCCCUCGACCGCUUCCAUCGGAGCCUAGUCACGCAGCCCAGACCAGGCCUUCCACUCUUAGAAAGGCAAUUUCCGGUGUUUAAACAACGGCCAAUUCUAUGCUGUUAUAAUAGAGCAGGAGAAAAAAUAAAUUCUUGAGCUCUGAUUGCUGAAAGGUGUGUGUGUACAGUAUAUGUGUGUAUUUGUAUGGGGACGGGGGGAUUACGGCUUUCUUUUCAGCCUCCUAGGAAAACAUGGGAAUACUGUAUGAAAGCAAAGGAGGAAAGGUUAAUUAAACAGUGUUCAGUGGUCGGUGGAAGGGUCCUUUCACAAAGGUUCCCUUCUGUGUCACACAGGGGUUAUUGGAGAGACUUGGCAGGAAGGGCUUGCACUCAUUCCUGCAGUCCGGGUGGGUGCUGAGCCUAUCUGCGCUGUAACCCAAUACUUGAUUGGUGUAUAAGGAGCCGAGCCAGGACCAAAUGAAAUGCUGUAAUGUAAAACAGGACAUGCCAUAGACUGCUACGUUCUUAUCUUAAAAAAGUUUGCUUCCACCUUCUGUUUGGAUUUUGGCUUUAAUACUUUAGUACAAUGUCUUUUAACCGCUGGUAGAACUUCACCUGUUAGAAGUAAUUGUUAGUCACAAACAGGCUGUUUAAACUCAAGAAGUAAACAGUUGCUUAGGGGUUGCUUGAGAAUGUGCCUGCCAUUCCUAUGCAAAUACACAAAUAAACUGUUUUUACGGGUGUCAACAAUGUUGAUCAGAAGACACGUGAAUGUUUAUCUCGCCCAAAAGUGAUAUAGUUUUACCGAAUAUCAUAGUAAGAAAUAUAAAUUUCUCUAAUAAUUUAUUCCAAAGCAGUCAUUCACAGAUGAUAGAUUUGUUUCUUUUUUGCACAAAAGAGACGGGUUAACUUUAAUAUGCAUUUAUUUUGCACAAAGAAUGUAUUCUAUUGCAGUAUUUUUGUACAUGAGUGUAACAUAUCACAUUGCCAAACUUUUUCACACCUGUGUCAAUUUGAAUAAAUGUGAUUUUUACAUUCCA